GGCCGCGCUUAGUCAGCGGCCGUCCUUCCUUCCACGCCCGAAAAUACUGACGCUGAGGUCAAGGCAGGAGAAACCGUGCUUUUGCCGCCUCCUUCCUGUUUUCAAUUGUAAUUCAUGUAGCUGGAAGGGUUGAAAAGAGGAAGAAAAGAAGGAGAAAAAAGGAGGGAGGGAAAAUAAUAAAAGAAACGAUAAUGAGUAACUGUUUUCUGUUUUAGAGCCCUGGGGGCUCUUCUAAUUCGUCCCUCCAAAAAUAUCAGCGCGGGGGGGAAAGUUUUGCAACACAAACAUGCUUCAGCCAGGUUUGAUUUACUGCCUGCCAUCCCAAGACUCCGCUCCCACCACAUUUCUGGGGCUAGGUCGUGCCUGGUUCUAGCUCCCAUUUUAAAGCAGAGAGCAAUACAGGAGCAGCGACAGGAUUCAAGGGCUUGAAAUAUGAACCGAGGUUUCCCCCACUACUGGCCAAGGUUCCCCAGAAGAGGACGUGGAGGUUGGUUUCGCCAAGAUCAUAUGCCAGAUGAAAACUUUUGGAGAGAGCAUGGUUGGAAUGAGUGGGGCAACUGUUCUCCAGACAGGCCACCUCCACACUGGGACCAGUGCUAUCCUGAGCAACAGAGGGCAUAUGAUGGCAACAACUACAUCUUCCAAGGCCGUGGCAGGCCCCGAGGAUAUUCCCAUGGGAAGCGUCCCUAUUUCCGUGAGAAACGUGGGCGUCCUUACAGAGGAUCUAAAAGAAGCUUCUCAAAAGAAAGAGGUGGUUUCCAGAAGUCCUCCUGUUCCAUUGAUUCAACGCAAAAUAAAAAGGAACAUGAUUCUGAAAAGGUGAAAGCACAAUCAACAGCAUCCAAGAAGGCUAAACAAGGCAAGAAGGAUUCUGCAGCUUUGGUGAACAAAACUGAUCCACCCAAGGUUGGGCUGGGAGCUAGUCCUGAGACUGAAGGUGAUCACAGAGAGUCAUGCCUUACUCUAGCGGUGGCUCCAUCGUCACCUGUAACUCUGGAGGAUCUUACACUGUCAAAGGAAGAGGUUCAGCUGAAAGACAGUCAGGCCUCUGAAGACCCUCUCAGCCAGACUGCCCUUGCUAAAGCACCUACAGAAGAGCAAGCACCAUCUGAGACCACAGAACAUCUUCCUACCAUGGAAAAGGAAGAUCCUGUGCCGGUGCCAGAAAGCAAACAGGAUGUGAAUCUUCCCACUUUCACUUCUUCUUUGAGGGCAGUUGAACCACUUGUUCCUCUUGAGACUGAAGAGACCAUUCCCCCCCUGGAAAAUGUGGAAACUGAACAAGUCACGCUGAAGGUUCAGCAGGAUGCUAAAGAUCCGCCCAACCAGACUGUCCCUAUGCCAUCUGCUGGAGAAUCUACAGAAGAGCAAACACCAUCUGAGACCACAGAAGGCCUUCAUUUUACGGAACAGGAAGAGUCUGUGUUGCUGGAAGCUGAGUAUUCCGGCCAUGGUAGCUCGCCUCUGUCUGAAGAAAUACCACUCUUAUUUACAAUCACAGAUGAUCACCAGUGUGAGAAAAAAGAAGAAAUUGAUCUGCUGAAAGCUGAGUGUUCCCGCCAUGGUAGCUCACCUCUGUCUGAAGAAAUACCACUCCUAUUUACGAUCACAGAUGAUCACCAGUGUGAGAAAAAAGAAGAAAUUGAUCUGACUCAAAUCUCAAGCAGCUGUGAGGAUGUACACCGCCAUCACACCUGUGUUGCUCCAGCUGUCCACUCUUCCAGCCUCCCAAGUACCUUCAGUGAUAUCUGGUGUGUGCCUGUGCUGGUGAGAGGGGGACAAAAAAAGCUGCAUUACUCCUGGAAAAGUGCUUCUUUCCUUGCUGAAAACCCGAGUGGAUGGGCACCUGAAGAUUAUCAGGAGCCACCUUGGAGCGUAAGCCAAGCUGGCAAGUGCAACAAAGUCUCUGAAAAUGUCAAAGGCUCGGUGCUCUCUCAGUCGCCACCUCAUACUCUCAUCUCUUGUAAUCUAAAAUGUGAUACUGAAAGACUGCUGGAAUACCGUUCUUGUUCACCGAAAAGUCAUCACAGCAGUGAUUCAAAGCAUUCUAGCUCAAAUUGGACUCCAAGGGAGUUGCGUGUUCAGAGUUCGAGAUCCCCUCGCAGGCAGAAGCCUAGUUCAAGAUCUCCUCGCAGGCAUCAUUCAAGAUCCCCUCAGGGGCAUCGUUCAAGAUCCCCUCAGGGGCAUCGUUCAAGAUCCCCUCAUGGGCAUCGUUCAACAUCCCCUUGUAGACGGAAAUAUUGUUCACGAUCCCCUCACAGGCGAGAGUAUUCCCCUCAGAGACAAGAGAAAAGUUCAAGAAGCCCUUGGAGGAGGAGAGAACAUAGCUGCAAUCCAUCCCAAGAGAAUUCCUGGAAGAGAGAUUCCCCUUCUUAUUACUUGGCUCAUAAAAUAAGUCACCACGAUUCCCUCAAAGAAAGAAGUAAAACCUAUGAAGCGCCACUCUCCUAUUCCCCAGAGAGCCCCACGUUGGUCUGUAAAAUGAAAACCAAGUCACAGAAGAUAAAGAAAAAGAAAAUAACACAGCCUGAGAGAACUGAAAAGAAGAAAACAUCUUCAAGGAGAGUAACUAAGUCUAUCAAGAUCAAGAAGAAAGCUAGAUUGACUCCUUCAGCUGUUGAAGCACCCGUCCCCUCAGAGACUGCGCAAAACUUCCCGCCUCUUAGAACAGAAGAGUCUGAACAGUUGGCAGCUAGCAGUGAGAACACGGACUCUUUUCAUCAUCCCAGUGCUGAAGAGGAAACCAGAUUUUCAGCCUCAUCAUGCACUCCCUAUGACCAUUCUGCAGCUGUGCUGACAAGAAAGGAAGAGAUCGAGCAGGCCUAUCUCCAGGCUGUUCUCAACUUCGCUGUGGUAGCCGCCAUGCUAGUGGAGAAGGAACCCUGCAUGGAGAAAGCUAUGGAAUCAGCACUGCGGGCCAACCUGAGGAGGAUUGCAGGCUACUAUGAACAGCUGCUGAAGAACUACAUUGACAACUUAGCUUAAGCUAGCAGAGAGGAGACUUAAUAGGGAGUUCUGUGUGGUGUAACCAAGGCUUAUUGCAGGAUAGAAUCAGUGGGGUGGGAAGCUGCAUGUUCUUUAGACUUGGUAACAAAGGAGUGGCACUGGAUAAAGACUCCUCUUAGCACCAGGGAUGAGGAACACCAAGGAGUAGGAGUUUAGGGUGCAGCAGCUACAGGAUGCAGAAGCAAUGGCUGGAUGGCUUGCAAGUAUUGUUGCUGUACUAUUGAACAAAGGGGUAAGGAAUGGUUUGGGGGAGAUAAGAGCUCCUCUUGGUAAAGAGAUUAUUGGGAGAGAUGUUGACCUAGACACUUCUGAAGGGAUCAGGAAUUCAAGUCAGGGAAUAAUUGGGAUUGGGAUGGUGAGCCAGUUUUGGGGUACUACCCUGGUGUGGUUAACUGUUAAAAAGGUUUGUCCUUGGAUCUUGCAACGCAGUUUUCAGCAACAAGGCUUAAUUAUGUGUUUUUGAGCUCUCUCUUGAAUUCAGGAUCUUCUCCUGCUGUAUGCAGAGAGAAAAUAAUAAUAAAACAAUUUUGGAGACGAA